CAUCGGGUCUCAACCAGUCAAAUUAUAGGCGAGAAAAUAUAUGAGAGAAAACAAGCCCAACCAACCAGCCAGCCAGCCAGCGCGGCCGGUGCGAGCCGGCUCACGCUUCUUAAGGGGUUUAGAUUUACACAUUAUUGUCUAUUUUGUUUUUUCUUCAUUAACCCGGUGGGUAAGUAAAGGAGAUGAGGGGACUCCUGCCGUUUUACCGGGGUUUGUACACCCUGAGUAACCGCCAAGCCAGUCGUAAAGCUGGGAUUGUCGGUUCUCGGUGCGGGCUUUGCGGAACUCAGUCUAAUAGCAAGCCACAGCCAAGGUUUGGGCUGUUGUUCGAUAUUGAUGGCGUGCUUGUCAGAGGGAGGAUGCCAAUCCCUGCGGCAACAAAAGCAUUUGAGAAGUUGGUCGACUCUCAGGGACAGUUUGUGGUGCCAGUCGUUUUUGUCACAAAUGCAGGGAAUUGCCUCAGACAAACAAAAGCGGACCAGCUCUCUCACAUACUGGGAGUGCCUAUCACACAAGACCAAGUUAUCAUGUCCCAUAGUCCCCUGAGGAUGUUUAAGAAGUUCCAUGACAAGUGUGUCUUGGUGUCAGGACAAGGACCUGUCCUGGAAAUUGCUAAAAAUGUGGGCUUUAAGAAUGUAAUCAGUAUUGAUAUGCUUAGAGAAUCGUACCCAUUGCUGGACAUGGUGGAUCACAACAGGAGACCAAAAUUGCCGUCCAAUCCUGUUGUCAGCCUUCCGAAAAUUGAAGCUGUGGUUUUGUUCGGCGAGCCGAUCCGAUGGGAAACCAACCUGCAGCUGAUAGUUGACGUUCUGUUGACCAAUGGUAACCUCGGUAGUAGUCACCAAACCCAAAACACUCCUCAACUUCACCUGCUGGCCUGCAACAUGGACCUCAUGUGGAUGGCUGAGGCACAUUCUCCUCGGUUUGGCCAUGGAACAUUUCUUGUGUGCCUAGAGAACAUCUACAAGAAGAUAACCGGCAAAGAUCUGAAGUAUGAGGCUCUUAUGGGAAAACCCAGUGAGCUGACUUACCAUUUUGCAGAGUACCUCAUCAGAAGCCAGGCCAUGCAGAGGCAGUGGGAACUUCCCGUUACUUCCCUAUAUGCUAUAGGGGAUAACCUCAUGACUGACAUCUAUGGAGCCAAUCUGUACAACCGCUACCUGGAGGAGAGAGUUGCGAGAAAAAACCCCAAAGCUGUUGCUAAGAUGGUGUCUGCCACUGGGUCCACCACGGCAGUGCCCAGGGAGGAAGAGAUUGACAGCCUGUGGGAAAGCGAGCUCGCUCUGCCCUCUGCUACUUCCUGUAAGUCUGUCCUAGUCUGUACAGGGGUGUAUAACCCCAACGCAGAGGUGCCGUCUGAUGCAAAUCACUGCAUCAAGGAGACUGUGUUCCACGGGCACCGGGACUUCAUAUUUGACCCUGGUCUCGUGGAGCCAGGCCAUAUCGUGCAGGAUGUGGCAGAAGCUGUUGAUCUCAUCUUUGAGCAAGAAAAGUUUGUGCCUCAGUAGUAUUUUGAGCCAACAGGCUUUGUGUGGUCAUGGAGAUCCAAGCAGGGGGAAAGGGAGGGAAAGCGAGCAUUAAACUGGUAGUACCACUUCAUGUUCAGACCUCUAGAAGCCUAACACUGUGGACUUUGUUUAAAAACCUGACAGGGCAUUGACAUAAUAUAGGUCAUCUAAAAUUUUAACAAUAAAGGAGAUUUCAGAGGGGAAAAAAGAUUAAAUAACUGUUGUUUUUUCUGAUAGUCAUUACCUGUUUCUUUUUUUUUCCAAUAAGGAAAUGUGUAAGAACUGCCUUAUUUGACCUUAUUAAGUAUCUUUGUUAGAUAAAACUACUGUUCUAGAUUGUUACAAACCCUGAAGCCAUCCUAUAUUUAUUUACAAGCUAAUGACAGUGUAUUUAAGAAGCAUAUUAACAUUUAAUCUUUAUUCUUACGGUGACCUUUUGUUAUUGCAUUUUUAGCUAUUUGUUUACCCAUUUGUCAUGGUAAAUCUAUGCAUGAAUAUAAGAGUAAUUCUUGUAUCUUUAAAACAACUGUUCGAUGUGCAAUUUUUUUCCCUCUAAUAGCACUGUCUUGACAGUUUCAGUUUCGACAGCCUUGACCAGUUUUUGCACAGAUCAGCCUUUCAUCUUUGUGUUACCAUAUCACCCUUUCAUAACAUGGUUGUUAUAAUUUAGAAGGUCAUUCUUAGUAUAACUGACAGACCACUUGUAAGACAAAUUUAUACGUGUAUACUGUAUGUAAAUACUGCUCAGAAAACUAGGAGAACAGUUUUUAACUUUGCUUUUUGGUGUAAUUUUGAAUCUAGCACACGAGGGGGUUGAUUUCGGUUUUCAAUGAGUCAUUUAAUUUUACUCUCAAGAUGUUACGCAGUGUCUGUUAGUAUAUGUGUGUAUGUUUCAACUUGAAUAUUUAAAGAGCCGAUAUGUGUUUUUCUAGCGUUUGCUUAAUUUUUUGAGCAGACCGAUAAAUGUGUUAGGGUCAGAGUAAGGUUAGGGUAACUGUAAUGAACAACUUUCGCACAACAAGUCAGAAAAUGUUCUGGUGCAUUUAAAAAUGUCAAAUGUUUAAAGGGUUCUCUGAUUAAAAGAAAACAAAGAAACAAAA